AUGGUGUUGAAAGAUUUGCGACUGAAAUUAAAAGUUUUGGCUAACGCGAUAUUUGGACUAGUAACGAUCGUCAAGUACGGUUAUGUGCUGCUGUAUAAGAAUAAAGUAAGGAAUUGCAUGAUGAUAAUCGACGAAGAUUGGCAAAACGUCGUUAGCCCUAGUGAUCGUAAUUUUAUGAUUGACAGAGUCAGAUUUGGCAAACGUUUGAUGGUGAUAUGCGCUAUGUUUGUAUACAUGAGUGGCGUGGGUGUUCGAAUGAUUAUGCCACUGACAGCGGGAAAAAUCGUCACAUCCCAGAAUAUCACAAUUAGACCACUGCCAAGCGCAGCUUAUUUCGUUAUGUUUGACGUGCAACGCAGUCCCGCUUAUGAAAUCGAAUGGGAAGAUCACAAUAUUGUACGUCUGUGCACGUAUAGUAUUGGAUUAAUGAUGUUAUGUUUCAACAUAUUUAUCUACUGCUACAUGGGCGAGCAAGUCGUCAUACAGGGAGAUAAAGUAGCAUUAACAGCGUGUACAUUGAAUUGGUACCGUUUGCCGACUUUAAAGGCACGUGCAUUGAUUUUAAUCAUAUCUAUUUCGGACAUUCCGAUAAAACUUAGUGCAGGAAAAUUUAUCGAUCUUUCCCUUAGAACGUUCGGCAAUGUUAUCAAGAUGUCCGUUACAUAUUUAAAUCUUCUCCGAAAAAUUGACUGAAUUAGUCGUGAAAGCACAGA